UUUGAAAUGACCCAGACUGAAUCAGAUAAUUUGUCAAACAAAGGAUAGCCUAUUAUCUGAUGUUAUGUUAUUGUUGUAAAUUAACCAACUGAGACCUCAGAAUGAAUUACAGCAAAUAGGAACAUAAAUAUAGACAUUAAUCCAUGUGCUGAACAAAUUUGGAGACUCUCCAAAAGAGACUAUGACUAUUGAACACCACCACACUGUUCGUAAAUUACAAUUAACAACAAGACAGGGUGGGUUGUUAAAAUAGCCCUGAACUACAAACCUCCAGGACCAAGACAAAAUAGCCAGUAUCACGCACUUUGACAACUAAAAAGUUAUUUACUACGGAAAUAUAUAUAUUUGUUAUUAAGAUAUUAAAUUAUUGAUUAUUCUGUUAUAAUCAAUCAAUAAAUCAAUGAAUCAAUCAACUCAAUAAUUAGCUUACAGGGAAAGCCAGACGGUCUAGUUUGCAUUUUAACGGGGGUGCUGAAAGCAGAACGAUCUGUCCGUGGUGGUGACGAGUCGCUUAUAGAAUACGCUAGAUCACAUCUUUCAGCUCAAUGAAUUACAUAUUGUUCCCAUAAUUGUUUAAAAUGGGCAAGAUUUACCUAUAGCCUAAUUAUCACCGCCAUAUCAGCUGUUUGCUGGCUUUAUUUAAUCGCACACAAUUCAAAACCGUAUCAAACCAACAACUCCCUCUAAUCAUAUAAUGCGGCAUUUCUAUUUUAGGGAAAUAACACACACACAAAAAAAACGAUUUUAGGGUACAUUUUUAAGUAUAGUAGCAAGCUAAGGUUUAUUUUUCUCUCCACAGCUCUGCAUCCGCGCAAUGAAACCACGCAUGUGUUCAUCUGUGCUGCGGCAACGUGCAUCAAUUCCUCUUUGACCCCAGAGUUAAUCUGCAUUCAGAUUUAGAUUGACGCUCCAAUAUAUUUCUCAGUUGCUGGAUUUUAGGCUAUUCCGUUGCCGCUGUAUUUAUGUAGUUGUUACUGUUAUUUCUUAAAGUCGGGGAAGCUUGAUUAGAUUCAAUCGGUUUUGUGGCCGUUUUGCUCAACACCGCAGAGGGUCUACAUUUUCCGAACCGAACGCUAACACAAGUUGUUUAGCCUAUGCUAUGUGCGUGAUGUACCACAGUGAGGAUAGACAGUAGUCCAUCUGCAAUAAAGACGAAAAGAAGAUGGUGAUCAUUGCUCCUCCAAAUGUAGCAUCUAAAUGCUCGAAAGCGAUGGCGAAGCCUUCCUUCUCUCUAAAGCUAUUUCUUUGGGUGUUUUUACUCGCUAAUCUUCCUACAAGAUCCCUCCAGACUGAAAAUGACGAUGAUGUGACAAACAAAACGUGGGUGUUGACUCCCAAAGUGUACGAGAGCGAUGUCACCAACAUCCUAAACAGCCUACUAGAUGGCUACGAUAACAAACUGCGACCAGAUAUAGGAGUAAAACCAACCGUGAUCCACACUGACAUGUUUGUCAACAGUAUUGGCCCAGUGAAUGCUAUCAAUAUGGAGUACACCAUCGACAUAUUUUUUGCCCAGACGUGGUAUGACCGGAGGUUAAAGUUCAACAGUACCAUGAAGGUCUUGCGUCUCAACAGCAACAUGGUGGGCAAGAUCUGGAUCCCUGACACCUUCUUCCGCAACUCCAAGAAGGCCGACGCCCACUGGAUCACCACACCCAAUCGUAUGCUCCGGAUCUGGAACGAUGGACGGAUACUCUACACACUGCGGUUGACUAUUGAUGCCGAGUGCCAGCUUAAACUGAACAACUUCCCAAUGGAUGAGCACUCCUGUCCGCUGGAGUUUUCCAGCUAUGGCUACCCCAGAGAGGAGAUAGUGUACAAGUGGAAGAGAAGCUCCGUGGAGGUGGGAGACAUCCGCUCCUGGAGGCUCUACCAGUUCUCCUUCGUUGGCCUGAGGAAUACCAGCGAGAUUGUCAGGACUGUGUCAGGAGAUUACGUUGUGCUGACAGUCUUCUUCGACUUGAGCAGAAGGAUGGGUUACUUCACCAUUCAGACCUACAUCCCCUGCACUCUCAUCGUUGUUCUCUCCUGGGUCUCCUUCUGGAUCAACAAGGAUGCUGUGCCUGCUAGAACAUCCUUAGGCAUCACCACUGUGCUGACCAUGACUACGCUGAGUACCAUAGCCAGGAAGUCGCUGCCUAAGGUGUCCUACGUGACGGCCAUGGACCUCUUUGUGUCCGUAUGCUUCAUCUUCGUCUUUGCCGCGCUGAUAGAAUACGGAACACUGCACUACUUUGUAAGCAACAGGAAGCCAAGCACAAAAAAGGACAAGAAGAAGAAAAACCCGCUCCUCCGGCUAUUUUCCUCAAAGCAGACCCCUACGGUGGACAUACGCCCUCGCUCAGCCACCGCCAUCCAGAUGAACAACGCCACCCACAUGCAGGAGCGGGAUGAGGAGUAUGGCUACGAGUGCCUGGACGGCAAGGACUGCACCAGCUUCUUCUGCUGUUUCGAGGACUGCCGCUCUGGGGCCUGGCGGCACGGGCGGUUGCACAUCCGUGUCGCCAAGAUAGACUCGUACGCUCGCAUCGGUUUCCCCACCGCUUUCGGUCUCUUUAACCUGGUUUACUGGAUCUCCUAUCUCUAUCUCUAGAUCCAGCGUGUAGCCGGACGUAGAAUAUACGUUCUGCUCCAACAAGACCAUUUUUAAGAAGGGGACCCACUGAAAUGUUUUCCUUUUCCUUUUGUUUCUCUUUUAUUUCGUUAUUUGAUCAUUCAUAUUUUUUAAUGCAAAAGUUGUAGCAAACCCAAUAGGCAUGCAGGGAUCUGGAGUCUGAUAGUGGAACUACGACUGUGCUUUGUGUAAGCAAGAACCUAAGCUCACCAUAGUGAUUCUGCAUGACUACGUUUCCCAGAUUCCCCUUGGUCAGGUAUUGGUUUAUGUAGAAAUUAUUCAAUAUCAGGUCCGCUUCAAUGUUUUAUUUGUAUCUGCCCUUAGUCAGCAUAUUAGAUCACAGUGAAAAGGGCAGUUUCCUGUUUUUUUGUAUUAACAAGUUACGCAUGCGCUACAGAAGACAAAUGUCAGAUAUGACAUCAGCUUAUUUUCACGUUUUUAUUUAUUGCUAUAUUCAUCCAUCCAAAAUACAAAAAGCACUUUAAUAGUUAUAUAGGUUGAACAGUAAGUAUGAUUUUACAUUUUACUUUGAUAUGUUUCUUUUAGCUAACUGUUAAACAUGACUUUAGCAGUGUUAAACAUGACUUUAGCAGUGUUAAACAUGACUUUAGCACUGUUAAACAUGACUUUAGCAGUGUUAAACAUGACUUUAGCAGUGUUAAACAUGACUAGCAGUGUUAAACAUGACUUUAGCAGUGUUAAACAUGACUUUAGCAGUGUUAAACAUGACUUUAGCAGUGUUAAACAUGACUAGCAGUGUUAAACAUGACUUUAGCAGUGUUAAACAUGACUUUAGCAGUGUUAAACAUGACUUUAGCAGUGUUAAACAUGACUAGCAGUGUUGAACGUGACUUUUUUUCAUGUGUGGUCAGAGCGCUAGAAAAUACUGCUUAUGGUCGACUGUACAGACACUGUGUAUAUAUGUUAUUAUGUAGUGGUUUACAUUUAUUGCAUGCACCUUUCUGGCCAAAAUUCAACACGUUUUAAGGUAUUCUGUUGUUGGCUAUGGAUGCAGAAAAAGAACACGGCUGAUUAUUCAUCUUUUUUUGAGGAAAAGUAGAAAAUGAGACAAAAAUACUUUCAGAUGUUGACUUCUAAGUUCAUGUUCAUCUCCACCAAUAUGUAUUAAGACAGGAUCAAUACAGACCUUACAGGCAAAAAAACGUUAUAUCAACUUUAAUGAACUUAUAGUGUUCUGAGGACCUAAUCUUCCUUUUCAAACACUUCAAUUGACACAGGUGUGGUUGUGCUGGCUCCUAUGGGAAGUGUGUAGAUAAGAAGUAGGCAUCAGAAUCAUCCCAAAAAUAUUCUGCUCCUUUUUCUCCCCGACAACCACUUGGUAGACGUUAGUAUUACACAAACACAGCAAGCAGUGUUUUACUUCAUUCGGCUGGCACGUUGAGUGUCUACACUGGAAGCGGCUGUAGUUCUGAAUGCCUACACCCAUCAAAAUGCCCAAACGCUCAGUGACAGAAAACACACUCCCAUUUGCCAUAAGACUGAACAGCAUUGCUUAGUCACUGCAUUAAAACAGAUCCAUCUGUCUCAAUGGGUGGUUUAGGGGGACUUAAGGCAAAAACUAACUAUUUAACUGGAGGAAUAUUGCUGAACUUGACAGCUCCGUGGAGAAGAAAGCAUCUGCUUGUGACCCGACCAGAUGCAUUAGCCUUACUCUCUUUGAAGAGACACACUGUGGAAAUUACAAUGAUCUGACACUGAAAACAUGUUUAAAGAUCUGGGAGAAGUUCAGGAAUUCAUUUUGGUUUGUUUUGUUGUUGUUUUUUUCCAGUGUUUAUGAUGCAUCAUUAAAUCAUUAAUGUGUCAGUACGACAUUACUCAUGUACUGUAUAGUGUAGCACAUUGUGAACGUCAAAAUAAGUACUCAAACUGCUUUGAGUACUAAUGUGCUUCACAUCAUACGGUACAGAGGUCUUACAAUGCAACUUGAGGGAUAUUUAUAUACCCAAAUCAUAGCCAACCGUUUCCAAACGAGUACCUUGGGUAAAGGCAGCCCAAGGAUGUUAAAGAGCAGUUCUUGAAUCGAAAUAAAUAAGUCAUUAUGCAUAUUGUAAGUCACAUGAUAUUAUGUACAUAGUCGAUCACAAAAGGAAACCAACACUUAACAAACCCUUACAUUUUAAAAUGGGGAACUUAUUGGUUUGUUGUCUUUCCUUCAUUUAACCCUUUUCAUUUAUAUCAUUACAUUAUGCUUGAACCUGUGGGAAAUUGUUUAGAUUUCCCCUUAACAAAACAGAUGGCCCUUAACAAAACAGAGAUGGAGAAUGUCAUUUGUCAACAACGAGACACACUUUCGUUCUAUGUAGAAAUUCAUUUAUCGUGUCGUAGUUAUUUUAUUUUCCAUGUUGUGGUCUACAUAGGCGUUAAAGACCAGUUAUAGUCUGUUCAUUGAAUGUUAUGGCUAAAAAGGUAGGUGGCAAAGUUACUUAUUAACCAGCCUCAAUUAAAAAUAUAUUUUCAGACAUUUUACUGUGAUGUUAGCUACUUCCUGAGGUACUGAACAGAUGUGCUACUCUAGAGUGAUCUUCAGAGUUUCUGUAUUAACUGUACUACCAAUGUUAGUUGAAUGAAGUGGAAACUGAAGCGCUUUCAUUCACUAGUGGUCCUAUAUAUUGUACCUGUUGCGAAGCUAUCACUCAGUACCAGGGUGUGUCUUAAGCAUGUGUGUUGUUUUUUGCACUUCUUGAAAAGAAUGGAAUUUAUUUUUUGGGCCACUUGAUAGUUUACUUAAGGUCCAAUGCAGCCUAUUUCUGGGUAACAAUUAAGAACCUUACUGUGAUUGUGUUUUCAAAAUGAACAAAAAUAGCUUCUUAGCGAAGAGCAAUUUCUCAAGCAAGAAUUUAGCCAGGACCUUCUGGGAGUGGUCUGAAAACUAUCUGUGAAUGGGGGAGAGGUUUGGAACUCUCUUAUUUACAUUUUAGUAACUUAGGAGACGCUGUUAUCCAGAGCAACUUACAGGAGCAAUUAGGGUUAAUUGCCUUGCUCAAGGGAACAUCGACAGAUUUUUCACUUAGUCAGCUCAGGGAUUUGAAUCAGCAAGCUUUUGGUUGCUGGCACAACACUCGUAACUGCUAGGCUACCUGAUGUCACCAGGCAGGCCAAAACUGAAAUUACAGGUGGUCUUUUCAAACAGCUCUUACACUAAAAGGGCAUAUUCAUAAUUUUCUCAAUUUUACAGUAUUAUUCCAACCUCAUAGUCUGAAAAUGUAUUUUUAAAAAACAAAACAUUUUAGACUGCACUGGGCCUUUAAUGUGUAGUGUUUACUUAUUUUAAAAUGUAAAGGAAUGGAAGGUUAUGGAAGAACAACUAAGUGCCAAACUUUGACACAAAUGUGAUAUAUCCUUUCAGAAACCCAUAGUAUCCAAUGAUCUCUAAAUCGAAAUGAACUGUUUUGCUGCACUGGAGUUUUUGGAAAUAAUGUGAGAACGAGAGAAACCCGUUUUGUGUUCUUCGAGAAAAUAUAUUUAACACCAUUUUUAAAUAAUUUACUAUUGACACAUACAGCAUGAAAAUAUGACAAAAAUGUGACUUUUAUUUGCAUAUCUUUAACAUUUUCUCAUGGUCUAUUGCUUAUGAACAAAUAUCCAGGCACAAGGACUAAACCAUGAGUUAGCUUUAUCUAAAUGUCUCCUUCUUUCAGCACACUUUCAUAAAUUCAAGUUUCACCAAUGAAAAGAGAAUGAGUUAGCAUAAGGCAUCAUGUUUUGUUUGUUUAAAUGAAGGACUGAGUGCAGUCAUAAAGUAGAGAUGUUUUAAACUGAGGAAGUAGUUACUGAGGUAUCAAGCCAGAGUGGAACAACUCUAUUUGGUUUACAUAUACCCAACGACCAACCAGUCCUUAGAGCUUGAGAGGUCAUGUUAUUGAACGGGGAUGGCAUACAAAAUCGGAUUAUUUCUAUCAACUAUUUAAAUAUGACUUUACUUUACAUUAUAUUGUAUUUUUGUGAUUUCUGUAUUUUCUUGUGCUAGUUUACAGUAUGGUACAUACAGUUGUAUAAACUGUUGAAGGUUUUGGAAGUCUGCUGGUACUUCCAAAGAUAUCAUAAAAUAUACAGUAUUUGCACAAGAUAUAUAGGUCAAUCACAAAGAUUAAUAUAUUUGACAUUUAAGUAAUGUGGUAUUAAUCAGCUUAAUUUGGCCUCAUGCCUUGCCUCCGUCUAUUCGACCAUCACAUUUAUGUUAGAUGUAGACUCAACAAUCACCGAAGACAAGAGAGUUAUUUUAUUUUGGGCAAACUCUAAAUAAGACCCAUGUGAAGAUCACAUGUAGAUAAUUUAUAUUGUUAUAUAUUUUGUCAGACUGGGAAAAACAAUAAAAUAUACCACACCAUCAUUGCUGUAUUGGGUACCUGGGUUCCAAAAACAAAAUCAAUAUAUUAUAAAUUCCAUUGAUAUGUUAGUUGUUUGCCAUCUCUGUAUAUUUCUUGAGGAUAUUGAUGAAUUAUUCUUGGGGUCUGUAUAAUACACUAAAUGUACUGAAAAUAUCCUUUUCAUAAGGGAUUUGCACACAGCUGUGUGCAUUUUAUAAUAAAAUGAUUGCAUUUAUCAA